GAGCAACAUCUUCAGGAACAAACAUGUUUUCUUAUCGUUUAGCAGUUCUGUCCAUCUUAGUGCUGUUACUGCUGCAAGUGGUUGAAAAUGAGGCCAUGUCGUUUCCGUGGUCCUGUCCCAGUUUGAGCGGGGUCUGCAGGAAGGUUUGCCUCCCAACAGAACUCUUCUUCGGACCUCUGGGCUGUGGGAAAGGCUUCCUGUGCUGCGUUUCUCAUUUUUGAUGAGGAGAGAGCAGGCGUGGACCGUGGCUGCAGUCAUGAAGACAGACGAUGGAU